AGCAUUGAGCUCUGCACGGAAAUACAGGUCUCCAGUGUAAAACAGUGGUUUGUGGUUAUAUUCUACCGAAUUUAGACGUUUUGACUUGAUUUUUUACGUGUAGAAAUGAUGGAAAGAUGAAAAUAGUUUAAUCAUAAAGUUACCUAAGAUAAUAUGGGGAGUGGUUUCUGCUUGAAAGGCAGUUGUCAGCUGGUAAAGGCAGUUGUACAGCUGCAGGGGAAAUGACCUACAACAGAGGAAGUUGGUCAAUAUGGGAAACUCCACACGCACGCGAAGCAAAACAAGAAGCUCAUCACUGCUAGUCUGGCAGCUCGUGCACUGUUUUCCUAGAGCUGUUAAAGUGGAGCUUUGGUUUUAAAACGAAAGAAAAGAUUCUUUAUUGGAGUGUAAGGCGGUUUGUUGAUUUUAAAAAAUCAUAAUAAUCGUAAUAAUAAUACUAGGUGUCUUCAGGAGCAGUGUAUAGCGCGUGAGUAUGAGCUCGAGCGUCACCUCUGAGACGUUAGUGCGGAAGCUGAGCCACUCCACUCUGCACAAACUCUCUGACUUCCUGGAUCCACAAGACGCCUGGAAAACUGUCCUGGUAAACAUACAGAAAGACACAGGAGAGCCGAGGUACACCCAGUUACACCUCAGGAGAUUUGAGAGGUUGGUGGCCCAAGGUAAAAGUCCUACAGUGGAGUUGUUGUAUGAUUGGGGUACCACAAACUGCACAGUCGGGGAACUGGUGGAUAUUCUCAUCAGACACAAGCUGCUCGCACCUGCCAGAGUACUACUGCCAGAUAUAACUCCAGCACCUGUUGCCACACAUUGGAGAGAAGUCGAGGAUCCACCCACUAAGUAUCACCGGGAGCAGACUCAGCUUUGUGCAGUAAGAUUAGAUAAAGCACAGCUGAAAGAAGAAACCCCUUACGCGUUGCCUGACAGCACCACAGGACCGGAGGAGAAUCAAGAGCCUAAUGAAGAAGGUUUCUACGCCUUCAGCUAUCGGGAGCUGACACAAAUCACAGGGAACUGGGAUGAACGGCCAGCUUCAGUGGGAGGCAGCAGACUCGGGGAGGGCGGCUUUGGAAUCGUUUUCAAGGGUCUGCACAAUAUCAAGCCUGUGGCAGUAAAGAAACUGAAUUUAGUAGAUGACCUGUCUCCUGAGGAGCUCAAGUCUCAGUUCAAUCAAGAGAUUCAAACACUAAAGAGGUUAAAACAUGUGAAUCUGGUGAAUAUGGUUGGUUAUUCCUGUGAUGGCCAGUAUCCAUGUUUAGUCUAUGCUUACAUGUCUAACGGUUCGUUAUUGGAUCGACUAGCAUGUUUGGAGGGAAGCAGUCCUUUGUCCUGGCAGCAGAGGUGUGCUAUAGCACUUGGAACAGGCAGAGGCCUUGAAUACCUUCACCACCACAACCACAUACAUCGAGAUGUGAAAAGUGGAAAUAUCUUGUUGGAUGAAUCCUUCGUUCCCAAGAUUUCAGAUUUUGGUUUAACGCGUGCAUCGGCUAAGCUCUCAUGUACGACAGUGAUUACUGAGAGAAUUGUGGGUACGACAGCUUACAUGGCACCAGAGGCCCUGAGAGGAGAGAUCACCCCAAAAUCAGACGUCUUCAGCUUUGGAGUGGUUCUGCUGGAAAUUCUGUCCGGACUCCCUCCUGUUGAUGAAAACCGGGACCCAAAACUUCUGAUGGAAAUGAAGGAUGAGAUAGAGGAUGAGGAGAUCACACUGGAGGAGUUUAUAGAUAAGAAAAUGCUGGAUUGGGAUAUGGAGUCUGUGGAAAGGAUGUACAGUGUGGCCAGCCAGUGCCUGAGUGAAAGGAAGAACAGGAGACCUCUGAUGAAGGAGGUGGUGGCUGAGCUGGAGGGAUCUUAAAUCUUAAGAAAAAUCUCACCUAGACCCAACAAGCAGAGCGAUGAGAGACUGAACUCAUUUGUACUUUAUAUUUGUUUUUGUUUUUUUUAUUGCCCUAUUAAAGAAAUUCAAACUUCUCAGUAA